AUGGCUCGGCGCCUGCUUCUCUCUCUCCUGCUCUUUGCCCAACUGGGGGUCGGGGCUGGAUCCAGCCAAGGGCGGACGGUGCACCACAAAGAGAAAGCAAUCACAGGGAAACAGCCUAUUUACAACAACAUCAAGAGCCCGGAUCCUCCCCCGGCUCCCUGGAGCAGAUCUACCGAGAGCACCAUCUUGGCGCAGAGGCUCACCGAAGAGGUGCCCCAAAACGUGGCCUCCUUCCUCUACACGGGGGACUCCCGGGAACUGGGGCGCGCCAACUGCUCUCGAAGGUACGAACUGGCCAGCCUGGCUGGGAAGUCUCGCCUCACCGCUCACCCUUCUUUGCACGGUGCCCUGGACACGCUCCUCCACGCUACCAACUUCUUGAGCAUGAUCCUCCAGAGCAAUAAAUCCCGGGAGCAGAACUUGCAGGAGGACAUGGGGUGGUACCAAGCCUUGAUCAGGAGUCUCCUGGAAGGGAACCCCAACAUAUCCAGAGCAGCUAUUACUUUCAAUGUAGAGCCCUUGUCCUCUGCUCCCCAGGUUUUCCUCCAGGCCAGCCGGCAGGAGACCCAGAUCCUCCUGCAGGAUUUGUCCUCCACAGCUCACCAUUUAGCCAAUGCCUCGAUCGAAACCGAGUGGUUCCACAGCUUGAAGCGCAAGUGGAGGCCACAUCUGCACAGGAAGGUUUUAACGCCGGGCCCUAAAACUUUGGAGAGCAGCUGGAAGAAGAAGUACAGCCACACGGCAGAUAAGAACCACAUCAAAUGGUCCUCGCCCUACCUGGAGUGUGAGAAUGGGAAUUACAAACCUGGAUGGCUAGUGACUCUGUCAGCAGCUUUUUAUGGGCUGCAGCCAAACCUUCUCCCCGAAUUCAGAGGUGUUGUCAAAGUUGACAUAAAUCUGCAGAAGGUGGACAUUGACCAAUGUUCAAGUGAGGGAUGGUUUUCAGGAACUCACAAAUGCCAUCUCAACAAUUCUGAGUGCAUGCCAAUUAAAGGCCUUGGAUUUGUUCUUGGAGCCUACAAAUGCAUUUGCAAGGCUGGAUUCUAUCAUCCCAACAUCUUUUCAGUGAACAGCUUUCAGAGAAAAGAUACAGAUAAUCACUUCUCUGGAGGCAAGAUGUCUGAGGAAGUCUACACCUGCCUACCCUGCAGGGAAGGAUGUUCUUACUGUACAGAUGAUACUCCCUGCUAUGCACAGGAGGACAAGUAUUUACGGCUUGCUAUCAUCUCAUUCCAAACACUCUGUAUGCUGUUGGACUUCAUAAGCAUGCUGGUAGUCUACCAUUUUCGCAAGGCAAAGAGCAUCAGGGCUUCAGGCCUGGUUCUUUUGGAAACAAUCCUUUUUGGAUCACUCCUCCUGUACUUCCCGGUUAUCAUUUUGUAUUUUGAGCCAAGCAUAUUUCGCUGUGUUCUCCUAAGAUGGGUUCGUCUUCUGGGCUUUACUACUGUUUACGGAACUGUGACACUCAAGCUCCACAGAGUUUUGAAGGUAUUCCUGUCCCAAACUGCUCAACGUAUUCCAUACAUGACAGGUGGCCGAGUGAUGAGGAUGCUGGCUGUAAUUCUCCUGAUAGUCUUUUGGUUCCUGAUCGGCUGGACUUCUGCAGUCUGCCAAAACUUGGAGAGAAAUAUUUCACUCAUUGGCCAGGGGCAAACAUCAGACCACCUGAUCUUCAAUAUGUGCCUCCUAGACCGCUGGGAUUACAUGAUGGCUAUUGCUGAAUUUUUAUUCCUCUUGUGGGGUGUUUAUCUCUGCUAUGCAGUGCGGACAGUCCCAUCAGCAUUUCAUGAGCCACGUUAUAUGACUGUUGCAGUUCACAAUGAGCUCAUUAUCUCUGCUAUAUUCCAUACAAUUAGAUUUAGUCUUGCCUCAAGACUUCAGUCCGAUUGGAUGCUGAUGUUGUUCUUUGCACACACGCACUUGACUCUGACAGUUACCAUUGGGUUACUUCUGAUACCUAAGUUUUCACACUCAAGCAAUAACCCAAGAGAUGACAUAGCUACUGAAGCAUAUGAAGAUGAACUUGACAUGGGACGAUCUGGGUCCUAUCUAAACAGCAGUAUCAAUUCAGCUUGGAGUGAGCAUAGUUUGGACCCUGAGGACAUCAGGGAUGAGUUGAAGAAACUAUAUGCCCAGCUUGAAAUCUACAAAAGGAAAAAGAUGAUUGCUAAUAACCCACAUCUCCAGAAAAAGAGGUGCUCCAAGAAGGGCUUGGGUCGUUCAAUAAUGAGACGAAUUACUGAAAUCCCUGAGACAGUGACCAGGCAGUGCUCCAGGGAGGACAAGGACCUUAUGGACCACAGUGCUACAAAGAACACUGCACUUGUGAGAAAAAACCCACAGGAUUCCACAAGUUAUGUAAAGCCAAAGGAGGAGUCUUUGAAAAAUAGAGUCUUUUCAUUAAAAAAGUCCCAUAGCACUUAUGAUCAUGUUAGAGAUCAAACAGAAGAGUCUAAUAGCUUAACCACAGAAAGCGCAGAAGUUAUAACUGCUGAUAAUUCACUGCUGGAUUCCUUGACAGGGAAAAAAUUAACAAAAAAAUCUACAGAAAAAGUUGAAGCUGUGUCCACUGAAUCUGUCCCUUUAGUGUGCAAAUCACUAAGUGCACACAACUUAAGUGCGGAUAAGAAGCCUCUGCAUCCAAGAACAUCAGUGUUACAAAAAUCUCUCAGUGUUAUUGCUAGUGCCAAGGAAAAGACUCUGGGGUUAACUGGGAAAACGCAAAGUCUAGAAGAAAGCAAUAGAUCCCAUAAACCUCAGCAAAAGGGUAAAGAGGCCAGCAAAAAACACUCAGCCAGCGAUAAAGGGGAGCAUAAAGAUUCACAUCGGAAAAACUCUACUCACACUGAGGAGACAAGGAAACCCCAUAAAUCUGGAAUUAUGAAACAACAAAGGGUUACUCAGACAGUUGCAAAUCCUGACACAGGCACAGGCAAGUCCCUGCUUAAGGACAGUUUUGACAUAGCAGAAAUUUGUCCUUGGGAGAUUUAUGACCAAACUCCUGAUUCUGUGCCUUCUGAAUCGAAAGUUCAAAAACAUGUGUCUAUUGCUUCCUCAGAAACAGAGAAAAAUCACACUUCCCAGCCAAAGGGGAAAUCUCAUCACAAGCUUAAGACAGCUGAAGGGUAUCAGCAAUCAAAUCAAAAGAGCACAGAGAAGUCGGAAGCAUGCACUCGGGAGACCCAAGAGCAGCAGGUUUUUGAAGAUGAGAAAAAACAUUUAAAUUCCAAGUCUCAGGUCAUCCCUGGGUUUAAGUGUGAGAAUGUUAAUAAAUAUUAUGCAGCAAAUAUUUGUGCUGGGGAAUCUGAGGAACUGCCAAAAAAAGCUGCAAUGCAAACAGCUGAAAGGGAAAAGCUCAAUAAUUUGGGAGAAAAGAAAAAAACCACAUCCUUGGAGGGAAACAUGCUUUCAUCUGACUCCUAUAGAUCAAGUAGUAACUUACAGCAAGCUUUAACAUCUCGAGCUGAAGUCUGUCCAUGGGAGUUUGAAACACCAGAUUUACCAAAUGCAGAAAGAGGUGUAGCUUUAUCGAACACAGCCGCUUUAGGUGCAAAUAAAACAGCAAUGCCUCAAAAAUAA